AUGGACGCUUUACUCGCUCGCGCGCACGUGCUCGCGGAGAAGUGUAAAGAUUCCAGCGUCGUUUGGUCCGACGUAUGCGACGGUUUGCACGGAGAAGAUAUCUCCUCGAAAGAAUCCGCAGCGCUUCUCGUCAAAUCUAUCUUUCAAACGUUAAAGUUCAAGACGACAAAAACCAGUCGAAAAUUGGUUGCUAAAACGAUAUCUAAAGCGCUGCGAGUGGGCGAGUCCGCGGGCGGCGAGAGUAGCGGAAGCGGCGGCGAGUUUGAGAAAGUAUUCAUAGUUUUAUUGAAGAAAUUUUCGGAAAAAGUAGCCACGCGUGCGGACGAAGAGGAGUGCGAAACGUUUAGUCGAUGGUGUUGCGCGUGUUUGGAGCACGUGUGUCGUCGGUUGGACGCGGCGGGAAAUGAUGCAAGCCAGGAAUUUGAAAGCGUCGUAUUGGCGUUAGGGAACGUAGUGAAGGCAUGUCUGGUGUCAAACAAGUACCAUCACGUGCCUGGAAUUGUGUCUUUGACUCUAAGAAAAGGCGAAGUUGGGUUGAGAGUGAAUGAGUUGAAGGAUAUGCCGCCGGAUUUGCGAGGGGUGUUGUACGAGGCUUUGAAGAGGAGGAAAGGCGUAGACGCGAGCGAAAUUCGAAGAGGGCAUUUGGAGAAGUUAUGUGAUUUUGCUGUCGCCAGUGGAAGUGGUGCAGACGUUGUGCUCGCGGCGCGCGCGAGUAAGCCGCUUUUGAAGGAUUGUACGGCGGAAGAUUUCGAGACUGUCGUGCGAGCGAAACUGGUCAAGGCCUUAAGAAGAAACCCAAUUGAAUCUACGUUGGAAGUCGUAUCGAGAAUGAUUCGUCACGUGCCGAGAGAGAGCAUUACGAAAGAAUCCGCGCAAGCGUUUGCGGAAGUAGUCCUGCCUCUGGUGAAGCAUGCGGACGAAUCGAGACGCAUCGCGGCCAAGGCUGUCGUAAAAUCCUUUGCAAAGCUGUUGUCCGCGGCGAUGGCGAAAGAAAUUUUUCUCGAACCGCUUGUAGAAGAAGUUACGGCGAAUGCACCGAGCGCAUGGGCAGCUAGAGUUGGGAUCUGUGACACUAUUUCCGUCGUCGCGCAAUCGCUAGUUGUCGCAGCUGUAGAGAAUGAAGAAGAUGGCAAAAUUGCCGUUGAAACGAUUGAAGGUUUAGCGGCGCGAUUGAAGAGCGAGAAGCAAGUCGAAGCAAAAUUUUCGUUGCUCGACGCGCUUUCGCACUGCCUUCAAAAGUGCUCUUCGUUCAGUGAAAACGCGAGAGAUGCGAUUUUUACGUCGUGUUCGGAUGCUAAAGAUCGACCGGCGACGCUUCGAGCUCUUUCUUCCGCGAUUGCCGCGAGGCCCGAUUUCAAGAAAGCGCUCGGGGCAAAAAGCGUGAAGGCGUUGAUUGAAAUCGUUAAACUCGGCGCGCAGAAAACAAUAUCGCGACCAGAUGGUGUGGUUGCGUUAUAUAUAGUCUCCGCGGCGGCAUCAGAAGAUGAAAGUGCUUAUAAUGCUUCCUCAGAUGUAUGGAAACCGGAGUGCCUGGAGGCGUAUGCAGCGGCUGCGGCAAUUUCGAAACUUCCAGACGAUUGCGCGGCAUAUUACGCAAAAUCGUUAGAGUUAAUAUUCAAUAUGGACAAAAUCCUCGACAAGAAGAAAGUACUUCUCAACGCCACGACCUUGCUGGCAUUGCAUCCAGACUCUGCAACGCGAAAAUCAGCUCGAGAUGCAAUUGAAAUGAUGCGAUGUAAGAAUAAGGCGUCUUCUCGAGAUGUCAUGGAAUCACUUUUAGGGUGGGUAAAAACAGCGGAAGAAGAACACGUGUUUCCAAUCUUAGGUGAAGAACUAAACGCAGAAGCUACCAAGAGCGGAUUGACGAGUUUUGUCGCGCCUUUUCCCAGUCGAUACUGCGGCGCCGCCAUCGAGUCUUCCAUAUUUAACAGAGUAUACUUCGACGACGGUACAAUUAAACAAUACGCAUCCAUCGACGACGAUACUUUUUGUGCGUUUGCGGGGAUUUUAAUAACGCUCUCGCACCACGAGCUGGUACAAUCGAGAACGGGAAGCGAUUGUUGGACGCUCAUCUUUUCGCGAUUCUGUCGAGAAAGGAGCCCGAAUAAUAUUGAUUUGAAUCGCAUCGCUAGUGAGUGUGCAAAACACAUCGUUGAGGAACUUCAAAACGGGAAGAAUGUUCAAAGUAAUCGAAAAGCCGUUCGAGCAGUAUCAGCGAUAUCUUCCAACGUUGCAUUGGAUGUCAUUCUGGAAGGCUAUUUGCUCGACCCCAUUUCUGCGUUUUCGGACGCCUGUCGACGCAACGAAACUGAAAUCACAGAGAACGACGUGAAAGUUUUCAAAACGCCAAUUGGAAGACUCUCAACCGAUCCGAAAGAUUCUCCGAAUAGUACAUCGGCGCCAAGUAGCAGCGCGCCGGCCUCGUCGGCGGGAACUUCUCUUCGCACAAAAAAAGCGUUGCGGCCUUCGCAAGCUGGCGCUGCGACUGCAGGGAAGAGCAAACCAGGAGGUGGCCAAAACAAUGACCCGCGAGAGAUUCAGAGACGUGCGCAGAUGAAAGAAGAAACCGAAACGAGAGGAAGACUGGCGAAAAUCGCGAAAAUUAUUGAAGACGGCUUAGAAAUUAUAUCAAAUGUCUUUGAAGGAGUUCUUGCGUACGACAAGAAUCAUCGGUCGUUGCUCUUUCAAGGCUACAAAGGGCAGCUCCCGGUCCAUCCUAAGAACAAACUUGGUGAUGUUGCUGCAAAUGUCGCGUACGAUGUUGUUUUCCCACUCUGUAACUCGAAGAUUUUGCACGAUAGCGUGUGCGUGAGUUGCUUUGAGAGUUUCUUUGAAAUCGUCGCGAGCACGAAAGGAAUCGUCGCGCUUGCGGGUAAAGAUCGUUUCUCUUCGCAUCUUCGUGCUAAAUUUGCCAGGGCGGUGGUAUUAUGCGCAGAAGCUCGAGAUGGGUUUGAAAAACGACCGAUGCUCGAUCCGUUAUCGAAAGAACCGAUUGAUGAAGAUGCGGAUCACGUGGAAUUUGAAGUCGCCGUCAUCGCCGAAGCGCUGGAAGCUUUGAGGGAAAACUUUACCAAAUUAGGGGAUGGGAUUUCUGAGAGUAGAAAUUUACUCUCGCUACUAUUUCCGAUUCUGUCGAGAGCGAUUGAAAGAAUCGAUUGUUCAUCGCAACAUAAAAUGUUGUGCUUAGAGUUGCUUGGUGAUUACGCCAGGAAAAGUUGUAAACCGAUGCGAUCGGUAGCUGCCGCCGUUCGGUGUUUGACGAGAGCCAUCAACUAUUCGGUGAGUCCCAAGUUUACUUUGCUUGCCCAGGAUACGUUGCUGUCAGUUGCAAAAACAUCUACCAACGCAAACGAUGUGCAGGCGUUAGUAUAUGGGUGCGAGAAUGAAUCAUCAGAAGCUCGUAAAACGUGUUUAGAAGCGCUUUCAUCUUUGUCGAACAUUCAUGCGAUUACGGUAGAAGAUAUUGAAACGACGGAUGAAAUACUACGUGACAUCGCCGUUCGACUGUUCAUUGCUAAACAUGAUUCAAACGAAGCGUUUGCUGAAAUGGCAUCGACGGCUUAUGCAAAUGCGGGCGUAUCUUUUGCCGAUGAAGGCGAUACCCAAUCGCCGACUGUUUUACUCCCGUUUCUCUCGCACGAGUGUUUCGCAGUUCGAGAAGCGACGGUGAAAGCAUUUGCGACAGCUGUCGAACAACUCCCAACGGGCGUUGCUUCUGUUUUAGCAAAAUUGUUUGCGCUCUUCUCGAGUUGUACCGAUGCAUCUGGCCGCGCUGGUGUUGUUACCGCUCUGGGCGCCUCUUCCAAUGCGUUGCAAAAACACGACGUACCUUUGGUUGCCACGUUGCUGUUGAAGGCGCUCUCGGACGAAUCCCUCGAAGUUCGCGAGGCGUCCAUCGAUGCCGGUAAAGUGGUCAUCGCCGCUCACGGUGAAGCUAACACCGAAACGUUACUUAAAGUAUUUGAAGGUUAUUUUGAUAAACCGGCCGAUAGAACGGUAUCCGAAGAGAUUCAGGAUUACGCUAAAUCCGGCGCGGUUGUCUUCCUGGCAUCGUUGGCAGUGCAUUUGGAUUCGAGUGAUCCAAAGGUCAAGCAAAUUUUAGAACGUUUGUUGGAGGUUUUGGAAACGCCGUCUGAAUCAGUUCAAAGAAAAGUCGCUGACGCGUUCCCACCGUUAAUGAAACAACUCGCGACUGAAGAAGAGAAACGCGCGUUGAUUGAAGGAUUACUCGGGAAGUUGUCGCAAGGCGAAUCGUACGCCGUGAGGAGAGGCGCAGCCUUUGGCGUCGCCGGUGCAGUGAAAGGUAUCGGUAUGGGAUCAUUAAAAGGUAUGGGUAUCAUGGAUAGUAUUAAAUCAUUAAUCGAGGAUAAGAAAUCGGCACAAUCAAGAGAAGGAGCUUUGAUGUGUUUCGAAUUACUCGUUGAACGUCUCGGUCGACUCUUUGAACCAUACGUCGUGACCAUUUUACCAAUGUUACUCGUCUCUUUUGGCGAUCAAACAGAAUCCGUGCGUCUCGCGUGCGAAGGCGCGUCCCAGAAAAUUAUGAAGAAUUUAUCCGCACAAGGCGUAAAGCUUGUCUUACCGGCGUUAUUGGAAGGUUUACGCGAUGAUCAAUGGCGCACGAAGAGCGGGUCUGCGAAACUUCUCGGCGCGAUGUCGAGCUGCGCGCCGAAACAAUUGGGUAGCUGUUUACCGCAAAUUGUGCCAAGACUUUCCCAAGCUCUGGUGGACACGCACCCGAAAGUUGUCGAUGCGGCUUCACUUGCGUUAAAGUCGAUCGGGGACGUGAUUAAAAAUCCGGAAAUUCAAGCGUUGUCAAAAUACCUGUUAGGGGCAAUCGCGCACCCGACGACGCACACAGAGAAAUGUUUAGAUAUUCUCUUGGAAACAACGUUCGUUAACGUUGUUGACGCGCCGAGUCUAGCAUUAAUCAUCCCAAUAAUUUCGAGAGGUUUAAAAGAACGCAAGGCGGAUAUGAAGAAAAAGGCAGCUAAGAUUGCAGGAAACACAUGCGCUUUGGUCGCGGAUCCGAAAGAUAUGGUUCCGUACAUCCCGGAGUUAGUCUCGGAAUUGAAGAAGUCUCUCAUCGAUCCAAACCCGGAAGUCCGUUCGGUAUCUACUCGUGCUUUAGCCUCGCUUUUGGAUGGUGCAGGUGAAGAACAUUUUGAAGAUUUAAUCCCGUGGUUGACAGAGAAAAUGCAAGGCGAAGGGUCCGGCGUCGAAAGAGCCGGUGCGGCGCAAGGUUUAGCCGAAUGUCUCAACGCGCUCGGAGGUGACAGAUUUGUUGCAAUUCUUCCAGAAGUUUAUCGCGGAUGCAGUAGUCCUCUAUCAAGAGUUCGCGAAGGUCAUUUGCAGCUCCUGAAGUUUCUUCCCUUAUCUGUUGGGCAAAAGUUCGAGCCGUACUUAUCGGAGUCCUUGACCACUGUCCUUACCGGUCUCGCGGACGAGGAAGAGUCCGUCCGUGACGCCGCGUUGGGUGCCGGGAGAGUCUUUGUUUCCGCAUAUUCGCACUCUGAAUCUGCGUUAGAUUUAAUUUUACCAGCAAUCGAAACCGGCACGAACGCUACCGAAUGGCGAAUUCGACAUUGCGCGUUGGAGCUCCUUGGUUCUAUGCUCUUUAGAAUAGUCGGCAGUUCCGGGAAAGCGCGCGUUCAGCGGGCGACGGCGGAAGAAGAAGAGGCGGCCGCGGACGAAGAAGGGAUUUCAACCGAAGCACAAGGCGAGCAGUUGACGCGAAUGUUAGGUCGAGAACGUCAUUUGGACGUUUUGGCCGUCAUUUAUUUACUUCGGUGUGACGGGCAAUCGCAAAUUCGAAACGACGCCGUGCACGUAUGGAAAACAGUUGUUGCGAAUACGCCGAGAACUUUGAGAGCGACGUUACCGAGAAUUGCCAAGCGCAUUCUGCAAGCGUAUUCUCAAGGUACGAUAUCGUCAUUGUCCUCGUCAAAAACAUCAACAGAAGGUUCAGACGACGAUGAAGACGAAGAGGAUGACGGCGAAGAGAGAAAAAUGACCGGGGCGAGAGCCGUGGCGGAUUUGACGAGAAAACUUGGUGAAAAGUUCAUCGAAGGCAUCUUACCAAUUUUGCGCACUGUAUUUGAGGCGACCGAGGGAGAAGCAGAACAAAUCGUACGAAAUGAUAAAAUCACCAAAGCUGGCGCGGCGCUGAGUCUCGCGGAGAUUUUUGAUUGCGCGGAAGAGUCCACGCACGAGGGUGGUAUCGUCAACCCGAAGCAAGCGACGUUGUUCACAUCUUUCGUCGAAAUCUGUCUCUCCAACCCCAACGCGGAUACUCAAGACGCCGGCGGCGUGGCCUUCAAAGCCAUGUACCGAUGGACUGGCGGUAAAGAAGCAGCGGCGAAAAUCGUCCCAGACUUGUUGCGCGAUAUGGAAAGAGACUCAGCUUCGGAGGAAGAGAAGGCGAACGCGCUAAACGGUUUGCGCGUGGCGCUGAAAGCGCAACCGAACAUUUUAGCCGUGGCGCUUCCAAAAUUGGCGGCGCCGCCGAUUACUCCCGAUAAAGCAAAAACUUUAGGUGCUUUAGCAUCUGUAGCUGGUCCGGCGUUGCCACCGCAUUUGGAUUCGAUUAUUCCAAGACUUUUUGACGCGAUUGAAGAAGAAACAAAUCUGCAAGAAGAAAUGUCGUGGACCAAGCGCGAAUCCUUCGAUGACGUUUCUAAAUUUCCAGCGUUCAACGCGUUGCGUUCUAUCAUUGCCGCCGCUCCUGAAGAUUGUGGGGCAGAACUCCUUUCCGAAUUAUCUGACGCGCUCACAGAGCUCGCGAAAACGUCUGCGCUGAAAAAAGUUGACGAAGAAAAGGAAAAGGCAAAAGCGAGACGACGAGCGGUGUCUUCCAUCGCCCUCGCAGAUUUUGCGACAACGUUUUCCGGCUACGACAAUUUUGUCGACGCGCAGGUGUUGGUAAAAACGCUAUCCGCGCAAUUCUCGGACAAGUAUAAAUGUGCGCGAGACUCCGCAUGGGGUGCUUUAAAUGUCGUCGUGUCUACGAUACAAAAAGACGAGUUGAUGGAAUUCGUGGAUUGUUGCCACGCGUCUAUACGACAAUGCAAAGAGCAAGCGAAACGUUUACACAAGCAACAAGUAGUGUGGCCAGGCGGCGAGAGUGCGAUUGCAGAUUCCUCUCCAGCAUCCACGUCGUCAAAAUACACUAUUAUUCCCGCGUUGGCCUUACCGAGAGCGUUAGAGGCGCUUUCAAAAAUAUACCUCGCGGGUGUCUUACACGGCGAAGAGCCUGAGCAUAGACAACGCGCUGCAGAAGCGCUCCAACUCGCCGUCUCUUGUUCCACAAAAGAUGGGCUGAAAUCGCACAUUGUUGGCGUAGCUGGACCGCUCAUUCGCGUCGUUUCGGACAAAUUUCCGUCGAGCGUACGCGCGGCGUUGCUCGAUUGUCUCGCCACAUUGGUCGAGAAAGGUGGCAUCGGCUUGAAACCCUUUGUGCCUCAACUGCAAACAACCUUUUUGAAAUCGUUGAACGAUGCGAACAGAUCGACGAGAAUGUCUGGUGCGAAAGGUUUAGGAUUACUGAUGGCAAUUCAAGUCAGAGUUGACACAGUAGCUGCCGAUUUAGCGAAGAAACUCGCCAACAACGAAGUCAAUGACGAGUGUAUCGAAGCGCACUUCGAAGCCGCGCGAGGCGUAGCCAGGCACGGCGGAUCAAAAAUCACGCCCGAAUCUGCCGAAAUUGCGUUGAAUGCGUCCACCGUAGCCGCGAUGACUUCGGAAGAUGAAGAGAUUCGAUUUGCGGCAGCGCGGUGUGCAGCAGCUUUUGCUUCUCUGUACUAUGACGAGAGCGGUGAGAACAAAGAAUCGAAACGAGAAGAGUGGUUGAAGACGGACGUCGAGCAAUUCGCUUCAGAGAACAUCACCAUCGCGUCUCGCGAAGGCAAAUCGAAGAUUUUGUCCGAGUUUGCCCGACUCGCGCCAGAGUCUAUUUUAUCAAGCCCGAAAGACAAAGCGACGACGUUGAACAGUUUAGCAAAAUGUGCUUCGGACGAUUUGAAAUCGGUCAAAUCAAAUUGCGCGAAAGGAUUAGGGUAUUUAGGGGAAGCUUGCGUACGCGUCGAAAGCGCGUCGUCGGAGACCGUUUCAAAAAUUUUACAAGUAUUAACGAAACUUUUAAGAGACGCGAGCGGGGAUGUGCGCGAGAACUCGUCGAAAGCGAUUCGGUCGAUGAUCAAAUGCGCGUCUUUAAAGGACGAAAUCGACGAUGUAACCAUUCACUUCCCAAUCUUCCUCGCCGAUCUCGCCGAAGUCGCAGUGGCAGAUAAACACGAUUUGGCAAAGAAGAGUGCCGAACGCGCAGUCUUCCGCGCCUUGCGUUUGGAUUUAGGCGCCGAAGUUGCCCUUCCAUACUUGAAACAAGGCGGUACUGGAUCAGCCGCUCGAGGAAAGCUGUCUGAUUUGAACCUGCGAAAACUUGCGAGUUUACCGGAUGAAUCCGAAGACGAGUUUGACCCGAUCGCUGAAGAGGAAGAUUUACUUUAG